CGUGGCACGCACCAGUCGAUUGAACAUGGCUGCCCAUUGAAAUUUUAGCUAUUAUGAGUGCGGUGGAUUGUGGACAAAAUCAGGGUUUACAGCCUUCUAAACCCCCGAAAUUGUGAUUGAAACCAGCAGUUGAAUCGAGCACGGAAAAGUCGUCAUUGAAACAGAAGGACAACAAACGGAUUCAAAAUAGACAGGGACAACAUUUUUUGGUCCUUCAACCUGGAUUCCAACAUGGAUGAUAACGGGCUGGAGUCGUGCAUGGAAGUUGACUUCCAGUACGAGGAUGCCGACUCGCCCGUCAACGAACUGUCCGAGUUGUACAGCUACACGGAGCAGCCAGAGUACCAGCUGAACGUGAAGGCGUUCGAGGACUUGAUGCAGGAUUACAAGUACGCACCGAGCUGGGAGAAACUCGGCCAAGAGCAGCGUACGUCGGUGGUGAUGAAACUGCUCGACCAGCUCGAGAUUUCCAACAAAACCGCUCGAAUGAAGGCAGCUCGAUGCGUUCUUUACAUCGCUCAGGGAUGUUGGGCUGAGGUUCAGUCGGACGAGGAGCAGCUGAACAAUGCUCGAGAUAAUGUGAUGCUGCUCUAUGAUUGCGGUGUUUUCCUCGCCUUUGUUGAUCUCCUGAAUAUCGAAAUUGAAAACAGCAGCGCAGCCAACACAGCCCUGAGGAAACUGGCAGUCAGCCUGGCGGACUCGACGGAUUUGAGGGUGAUUUUGAGCAUUCUCUACAUCAUGGUGGAGGUGAUGAGGUGCGGCAGGGAGGACGACACGGACGAAAUCACUCUCAGGAGGGAACAGUUUCUAAAUGAAAUUACGAAUCCCAUUAUGGAUGAACUCCUUGCUGUGAAGCUCUUGGGAAUGAUAACUAAAUUCUGCAGCGGCUCAGCGCCUCAUUUUCCAAUGAAAAAGGUCUUGCUGUUGCUCUGGAAAGUCAUUCUCAUUUCUCUCGGCGGCAUGACAAAACUUCGAGAGCUGAAAAUUAAAUAUAGAGAAGAGGCUGAUUUGGGGCCCACGAAAGAGGACACGCUGGAAAUUGCAAGGCACAUGAGGGCGUCUUCUCCACCAACAAGUGCCGCUGACAUCCUUGAAGCGCAGGGGCAGAAGAAAAACAACAGGCCGUUUCGAAGGAGUUUAAUGAAACAAAGUUCUUUGGAUGAGCCGAUGGGUCUGGACUUUGACGCUCCCGACCAAGCCGACGAUGAAAUGCGGGAAAUUGAAGAGCGGAGGGCUUUGGAGGAAGCAGGGGAACUGCCGCAGCCGCCAAGCCCGCGACCCAUGACCCCCGUCGCCACCAAGCCCAAGGGACUUCCCUGGGAACCAAAAGUGCGCAUGGCCGACCUGGAGCAGUUCUUGGACACUUCUCGCCUCAAGUUUGUCGGCUACCAGCUGCCCAACGACUUGAAGACUCUGGCUGGCUUGCCUCAACCCAUUCACGAGGGUGUCAGGGUGUUGACACAGCACAUGUACAGGUCUUUGGCCGAGUUGCAAAUCCAGCGCGAGGAGGAAAUCGCGAAAAACCCUGUGACCUGUAAGGAGCAAGAAGUGCGUCAGACGCCGACCGAAAUUUUGUACCAAGCGAUGCUGCCGAGUUUGCCGCAGUACAUGAUUGCCCUGCUCAAAAUCCUGCUCGCCGCCGCUCCCACCUCAAAGGCAAAAACAGAUUCCAUCAACAUCAUGGCUGACGUCCUUCCAGAAGAAAUGCCAAUGACUGUUUUGCAGUCGAUGAAGCUGGGCAUCGACGUGAGCCGACAUAAGGAAAUCAUAGUCAAAGCUGUGUCUGCGAUCCUGCUUCUGCUCCUGAAGCACUUCAAGAUUGGUCAUAUUUAUCAGUUUGAGUUCAUGGCGCAGCAUCUCGUUUUUGCCAACUGCAUUCCUCUGGUUCUUAAAUUCUUCAACCAGAACAUCAUCUCCUAUGUUGGAGCCAAAAACACAAUCCCAAUAUUGGACUUUCCCGCGUGCGUGAUUGGCGACCAGCCAGAAUUAACCUCGGACAGCCUGGAAAUCGGGGACAGUCAGCAGUUCUGUUGGCGCAACAUGUUUUCCUGCAUCAACCUGCUGCGGAUUUUGAACAAGCUGACCAAGUGGAAACACUCUCGCAUCAUGAUGAUGGUGGUGUUCAAGUCGGCUCCGAUCCUGAAGCGCACCCUGAAGGUGCGGCACGCCAUGAUGCAGCUGUACGUGCUCAAACUGCUCAAGAUGCAGACCAAAUACCUUGGCAGACAGUGGCGCAAGUCCAACAUGAAGACCAUGAGCGCCAUUUACCAAAAGGUCCGGCACAGACUGAACGACGACUGGGCGUUUGGAAAUGACAUGGACGCCAGGCCUUGGGAUUUCCAGGCAGAAGAGUGCACUCUCAGAGCUUGUGUGGACAGAUUUAAUAACAGACGAUACAACGCCUCGGGAUUGGAUUCAGACCUGGAAGAGGUGGACAACUGCAUCACAAGCGUGUUGGGCCGACAAAUCGAUCUGACGGACGAGUUCAAGCAGCACUACGAAGUGUGGCUGCAACAGGAAGUUUUCCAAACAAACGUCGACUGGGACCAACUGCUUCAGAGCCCCAUCCUCUAAACAGACCAGUGCCAUGCGUGUAAAUAUGUGCCCCCUCAGAAACUCUACUCACCUUCUCUCAUUCUCAGUGAAGCUUUUACAUUAUUUUCAAAAUGCUCGCUCGCUUUCUCGAACAAGAACAGAGCUUUAUUUCUCCAGUUUUCUGAUUAAAAUUGGGAACUGCCUUUAGCGAUA